AUGACACAUCAAGCCCACAAUCUCCCCUGGAAAGUUCUAUCGGACAACUUCAUUUAUCGGUAUAAAUACCGGCGUAACGACUAUCUCACCAAUCUCUUCUCGCAAGAUGCUCCUCAGACACCUAAGGACUUGCGCUACUUCGCUAUGGCCUUUUCCCGGACAAUAGAGGAACAUAGCAACGUUGAGAGAGCCAAGUAUUCUGAGGUUUACGACCCACCAAAAGACCACGAAGAGGUAUUUUCCAAGGCAACCGCCGAAAAAAUCCAGCGCACUCUUCAGCACAGUCAAGAGAGAGGUGGUUCUAUAUGUUCUAUGGAGGCCCUUGACGACAGGAGAAUGCAGUCCUGGUCCACAUUUAUGGACUACUACCCCGGGAGUGGGGUUUAUAGGCCUCCUUACGAGGUGCUCGAGCCACUCAAAAUAUUGCUGCUUCGUAAUGAGAUGGACACUGUGCUGCGGAUUUCAUCACACCCGUCUGUUAAUUUGUAUACAGCAUGGGAAACUCAUUUUGAUGAUGAAAGCGAUUAUGGGCUGAAAGGUCUCUUUUACCCGGCGUUGAUAUCGUAUCUUUGCUUGAAUGUCCUUCUGCAGAAGCCUGAGCUGUACGACGACGACGCAAAGAAGAGUUAUCUUCAGUGUCCGGAACGCGGUUUGCCCGUCUUUCCGGAGGAAAGCUUCCUUGACUAUCGUCUUACUCGGGCGUACCAGCUGAUGAUCCUGAACUGUGCCGAAACAACGACGCAGACGCUUCCCUACCAAGCUUUUUUUGGACUCUCGCAGGAACGGACUUAUGCUUAUCGUGCAUCCCGUUACCAAUGCGGGCGCAUGUCGUUCGCGCAACUCAAAUCUGCCGCAAACAUGGACGGAUAUCGUCCCCAUCGUGAUGAUAUCGCUGAGGUCAUUCAGACUCUUCAGCAGAAAGGUCUUCCCACGGAGCUCUGCCUUACCAUCAUCGAAUUCGCUAAAUACACACCUACGCGUAGGAUUGUCCGGGCCGACGAUCCCUUACACAAGGACAAUGUGAAGGAGUUGCGAAAGUACCUCACUUAUUGCUGGCAGCUGCUGGUCAGAGGCGACAUGCUGAUGAAGUCAAAAAACGACAAGAUCGAUUGGAAGUUUACGGUUGAGUAUUGUAUUUGGACGUUGUUUAUUGAACCAAGUAGGCGGGUCGUCAAGCUUCAGCGUCGAAGUGCGGGGGGUUUGAUAUUGGACGAGCCUUAUCGCAGAUAA